GUAAAAAAAAAAAUUCACUACUGCGACAGAAUAUCGAAUUUUCACACAUUUUGCUGAAAUAGUCUUACGAAAAUCAUCAAAAUGCUGGGUCCUUUAGCUCGUUCUUCCAACAAACUUGGAAGGAAUGUUAUGACAAAUUUCAUCAGGAACCACUCCCAUGGUGGAGUCCCUGGCGAGAAUCUGCCAUUUGACAUCUCCAACCGGUACAAGCUGACUGCUAUGUUCAUGGUCUAUGUCGGUUCAGGUCUUUCUGCUCCCUUCCUUAUUUGCCGCCAUCAGCUUCUCAAGAAGUAAAUAGUAACAUUGCUUUACAUGGACUGAAGCAUGUUUUAGGUAUAAGCUAGUAAACUGUGAAUUAAAUUAUAAUAUAAUGUUAUAAAUUA